GCACAUUUUUGCGAGUUUGUCAGUUCAAUGUAGUCGCGUGUCUCGUUUUAGGCGAGGAUAAACGCCUCAUUCCUCAGUCCAAAAAGAGCUCAGGGGGAGAAAGAAAGACCAUCAGAAACAAUGCAGAAAGACGCCUUGCUGAUUCUAUUGCUGGCGGGUAUCUUUGUUUCAGUGGGAGCUCGACACAGUGUCCCUGGGAAGCCAAAAAAGACAAGCUGCCGUUCCCCAGAGAAGGAGACAUUCACCUGCUGGUGGGAACCAGGAGAUGAUGGAGGUCUGCCAACCACCUACGCUCUCUAUUAUCGUUUGGAAGGAGAUGACAGAGUGUAUGAGUGUCCUGACUACAAAACAGCUGGAGAGAAUUCCUGUUUUUUCAACAAGAGCUACACGUCUCUGUGGGUGAACUACAACAUCACGGUGGUGGCCAAAAACGCCCUGGGCCAAGCUGUUUCAGACCCUGUUGAGGUGGAUGUAGUCUAUAUAGUGAAGCCCAAUUCUCCAGAAAAUGUUAAUGUGAAAGUGAUGGAGGAUGACCACGGACCUUUCCUAAGGGUGUCAUGGGAUAAACCUCCCACUGCAGACACCCGUUCCGGAUGGAUAACGCUCAACUAUCAGAUUAGAGUGAAACUGGAGAACGAGAAGGAGUGGGAGGAGCAUGAAGUUGGACUGCAGAAGACCUUUAACGUAUUUGGCCUUCACUCUGGUGGGGUAUACAUGGUGCAGGUCCGUUGUAAGCCGGAUCAUGGGUUCUGGAGCGAAUGGAGCAGCACAACCUAUGUGACCGUUCCAGACUACAUUCCAAGAGGGCGAUCCAUGUGGAUUUUGAUUGGUACUUUCUCAGCCUUCUUCAUUCUCAUCAUUAUCUGGACGGCGAAGGUAAACCAGAACAGCGUGAAGCAUUUUAUUCUGCCACCUAUUCCGGGACCAAAAAUAAAAGGAUUUGAUAAACAGCUGCUAAAGAGCGGAAAGUCUGAGGAGGUGUUGAACGCCCUAGUGAUCCAGAGUUUCCCACCAACUUCUGACUAUGAGGACUUGCUGGUGCAGUAUCUGGAAGUGUACGAUAAUGAGGAGCGGUUGGUUCUGGACACCAAGGAUAUCCCCGAGGGCUGCUUGAAGUGCAAGACCCCAUCGGAUAGUGACUCAGGCCGGGGCAGCUGUGACAGCCAUACACUGCUCUUGGAGAAGUCUGGAGAGGCCACUGAGGAAUCGGGUCGGGAUCAUCACCAACACCAGAAAAACGAUGAGGCCAGCUGGGCCUCCACAGAGAGCAGCGAUGGAAAGGUUCCCAGAGCAGGAACUCUGAAGUCUGUUGAGGUUCAGGGCAAAGCUUGGCCCACCGUCUUCUCCCCUCAGCACCACCAUGACGCAGCCAAAGUGGCCUAUCACAGCAUGCCCAUCCCUGUCCUGGAGCAAAAAGAGUGCCAUCUCGAGGAAUUCCGGCUCAGCAAGCCACAUGGAAACCACGGGAACAUCAAGACCCACACUGAGUUCAACCUCAACGGUGAGGACUGUGAGAGAGAGACAGUAGCGGUUUCCAUACCCUCACCCCACUUGUUGGAGUACGUGGAGGUGCAAAGGGUCAACCAGGAGAACGUUCUGUUGGUGAGACCCCUCCAUGACGAGGGAUAUGACCCCGACCAGCCGACCACCCCUGCUGCUGAGGACUACAGCAAGGUCAAAGGGAUAAUCAGUGAUAAUAUUCUUCUACUGCAAAUGGACAUGGCAGCACCCUCAUACCUCGGAGAGUACCACCAGAGUCGGACUGAGCAGGUGGAGCAAUGCGUUCCCCAAAACCAGCAGACUCAGUCCUGCAAACCAGCUGUCCAUGUCACAUCCAUUAUGCUUCAGGAAGGUAUGCACCUGGCCAGCAAUGGCUAUGUGGAUUCUGCGGCCAUGAUGGGCAUUCACUAGCCGUUACUGCUGUACUGUGUGACUCUCAAGAGGCAGUCCUCUGAAACACGCAUCCUUACAACAUGUUAAAACUAGGAUGCGCUCAAUAAAAUAAAGAGAAGACAACAAGUGAGGAGAAAAGACAUGAGACUUCAUAAGAAGAGAAAAUCCCCUUUUCCCCGCUUCUGUCAUAAAUAAGACUGACCACUCCCAAAAUGUUUUAAGUUUUGUUUUGUUUUGUUUUUCACGAGAUUUCACAUUUCAGAAAUAUAUUUAUGUAAGCUUGCUCUCCGAAAAUUGUAAGAUUAUAAAUUAUUACAGAUUUUAAUGAAUGGGCUGAUUGUGUUGUAUCCAAUGAGGGCAUUGUCUCAAGUCUAUGUGAUAUACACGAGUUCCUACUCUCUUUAGCUGAUCAGUCAGUAUGGUGUGUGUGUGGUACUGUCAUGUGGACUGAGUAUUUUAAACAGAGAGAGUGCUAAUGGGGCAGCUGUCUGAGAUGUUCUCCUUGUGUUCCUACUGUAUGUGUAUGUUUGAAACAUACAAGUCUCAAGCAUACAAAAUUCAGCUGCUGAUUUGAUUUCCUGUUAAAGCUCCUGUUAUAUUACUACAAAACUGUUAUUUUUCUGCAUUUUCUUUUCUUGGUUUAGUAAUGGUUAGGGGACACUUCUCUU